CCUAUCUGGAUAAUGUGCAUGAAAAAGAGUUAGUUCGAAAUCAACAAACAAAUGAUUCAGAAACUAGUGAUUUAGAAGACGGUGAUUCAGAAGAUGGUGAUUCAAAGGAGGAUGAUGAUUUUGAUAAAGAGAAUACAUCUUUAACCAUUAUGCUUAAGAAUUUAUAUAUAGCUGCAACUAAAAGCAGACCAAAAUCAUCUAACUACAAAAAUGAUAAAAAAGACAAACGAUCAGUAAACAAUGAUAGGAAAAAAAAAUAUGGUCCCAAUUAA